AUGCUAUUACGACUACCAAAGAAUCUUCACUACCCCCUCACAAUCACAAAAGUCGAGAAGCGGGUAGGCGAGACGGUCGCCCUCAACGAUGACCUAUUUCUCUAUUCCUACACCACCAAAGUAAAAGAAGGCAGCCGUUAUGAUGAGGAAGAAAAAGAGGUGAACCGGAAGUUUGUGACCCACUUCCCUAGCAGUCUCGAAGGUACAAUCACGGCAUGGAGGGUGUGGGAAGGGGACGUUUUAACUCAUCCUGUUGACAUAUGCGAAGUCGAAGAGGAAUGCCCGCACACAGUGCAGUUCCUUGGUAUGUGCACCAACUGUGGAAAAGAUAUGACAACUGUACAAGCAGGAAGCGAAACCACCGAUGCAGACCGCGCUCCUAUUCGCAUGGCUCAUGAUACGCCUCAUCUCACCAUCAGUAAGGAAGAAGCAAGCCGGAUAGACGAAGAAGCAAAGCGUCGUCUACUUUCAUCGCGCAAACUCUCCUUGGUGGUCGACCUCGACCAAACAAUCAUUCAUGCCGCCGUAGACCCCACGAUAGCGGAAUGGCAAAAAGACAAGGACAAUCCAAAUUACGAAGCCGUUAAAGACGUCCGCGCUUUUCAAUUGAUCGACGAUGGUCCAGGUAUGAGAGGUUGUUGGUAUUACAUUAAGCUGCGACCUGGGCUGGCGGAAUUCCUGGAUCAUAUCUCACAACUCUACGAACUCCACAUCUACACCAUGGGAACACGCCAGUAUGCCCAGCAGAUUGCCAAUAUCGUCGAUCCGGAUCGCAAGUAUUUUGGCGAUCGCAUCCUCAGCCGCGAUGAAAGUGGAAGUAUGAUCGCCAAGAACUUGGAGAGACUGUUCCCCGUGGAUACCAAAAUGGUGGUCAUCAUUGACGACCGCGGUGAUGUUUGGAAAUGGAGUGCCAACUUGAUUCGUGUCACUCCCUUUGAUUUUUUUGUUGGCAUCGGAGACAUCAACUCAAGUUUCUUACCCAAAAAACAGGAAAUCCAAACCACACCAACCCCGGAGCCCAGCGAGCCUAUAGAAAAAAGCAUUGAAAAUGGGGAGAAUGGUGAACAGGAAUCUAAUGGCCUUGCCGAGGACGGGACAUCGACCAUACAAAAUGGCACCUCAGCCCUCGAGCAACUCAUGGCCAUGAGUGGCGGGGACGACCCAGCAGUACGAGAGCUGCAGACGAAAGGCCAAGAGGAAAUUAUUGCGCUACAAUUAGAAGGCAAACCUCUUCUCAAGAUGCAACUCCAGCAAGACGAGAAAGAUGAAGCUGAAGCGGCUGCUAAUAAUGGCGAGGUGGUCGCGUCACAAUCCACGGAAUCUGACUCGAGCGACUCUUCUGAUUCCUCUGAUUCAAACUCUGCGGUUUCAGCAAAACACAAAGCACGCCACAGCAUCUUGAAGAACGAUGAUGAAGAGCUGAUUCACCUCGAAGCGACGCUGACGGCUGUGCAUACCGCGUUCUUCGCCGAGUACGACCGAAAGCGGAUGGGCGGCAAGGGCGGUCGGGUUGCUGAAUUGACCGGCAAACGCAAGGCGCCAUUGCCUUCUCAAGAAGAGGGCGACAGACAGUCUGUGGAUUUGAUGUUUGUGCCUGAUAUCAAGAGGGUCAUGCCCGCCAUGAAGCUGAGGGUUUUGUCGGGAGUCAGGAUUGUGUUUAGUGGCGUGUUACCAUUGGGCACCGACAUUCAAAAUGCCGAUAUCAGUACUUGGGCCAAGACCUUUGGCGCGACUAUCACGGACAAGGUCGCUAGAGACGUCACCCAUGUCAUUGCGGCGCGGCCUGGUACUGCAAAGGUCAAACAAGCGGUGAAACGCGGAAUCAAGGUCGUCAGUACGGCUUGGCUGAUUGAAUCCAUGCAACGAUGGCGCAGGUUGGACGAGAGACCAUACCUACUCGAAGGCGUUGGGAGGCAGAAGCAGGAGACGUCCAGUGAGCUCGGCGAUAACUUCGAAAAGUCAGGCGCUCCUCCCAACGACCUCCUUCUCAGUUCAUCUGAAGGCGAGACGACUGGAUUGGAUACCGAAGAUGACCAACCCGCACGUAAGAGGCUGAAGUUGGAUACCAUUAAAGAUGAGAACGCUUCUGCUGAAACAUUCGAGGACUUUGUUGAUGAUGGCAGUCCGAUCACCAUCAAUCAAGACGAGUGGGCGGACAUCGAGGCAGAGCUGAAAGAGUUCAUGGGUAGCGACGCCGAGAGCGAGAGUGAUACGGAUUCAGUCAGCUCCGCCUUGAGCUUCCGGGAGCGACGCGGAGCCAAGAGAAGAAGAGGUGAAGAUGGAGCUAUCGAACCGUCGGCUAGCGAGAUGGACGCAUCAUCACCAGCCAAGAAGAACGGGAUGGGGAGCGCUCUUAGGAGGGUCGCUAAUGUCGAUAGCGAAGUCGACCCAGAAGUUACCUCUGCGGAACAAAUCAGUCGGGAACAACGAGAGGUCGAAGAAGCACAGCAACGCGAAGAAGAGGAAGAAGAAGAUUCCGACGAUGAACUAGCACGCGAGCUGGAACGAGAACUGGAAGAAGAAGCCGAAGCUGAGGAAGACACACAGCCAGAGACGGGCUGA